CACAGAGUCGGCGUGUGAUCACAUGGUUAGGUGGAGAGACAACCACAAGGACAUACACUUACAGCUGACUGCCGAAAUAUGUUGGGCUUUACUUUGACAUUAGUGUGCACCUUGUUAGCUAGUCUAGUCACCUGUACAGGUGCCUCUGACUGGAAUUACCAUGGCAACAGGGGUACACACGAGUGGGACACGCUAUUCCCUGGAGCUUGCGGCGGGAAACACCAGUCUCCUAUCAACAUAAUCACCAAGAAAACCUCCUACAACUCCGAAUUAAAUGACUUUGUAUUUUGGCACGACCCACCAAAACCAGGGUCAAAGUUCAACAUCCUCAACAAUGGUCAUGCUGUACAGGUGAACAUCUUCGGCCCUUUCUUUGUGGCUAAUGGUGGUCUACCCUCCGCCUACUCCACGGCUCAAUUCCACUUCCACUGGGGCCAUGCCAACCAUCACGGCUCAGAGCAUUACGUCAAUGGCCGUGCAAGUCCUAUAGAGCUACACGUAGUGAACUGGGAUGCUGACAAGUAUGAGACCAUUGCAGAUGCCAUGGUGAAACAGCAGGGAUUAGCUGUGCUGGGAGUCAUGUUCGAGAUCAGUGAGAGAGACAACCCUGUCCUGACACCAAUCAUAGAGGCGCUGGACAUGAUCCAGGAUCCAGACAUCAAUAUGGAGGUAGAAAUCCCCGCCACAAGGAUGCGGGAAUUUUUACCAGAGGACACCAGUAAAUAUUACCGAUACAACGGGUCUCUGACCACCCCGGGCUGCUUCGAAAGUGUCAUCUGGACUGUGUUUGAGGACAAACAGACAAUCUCUUUUAGACAGCUUGCCAAAUUUAGAAAAGUUUUACAAAAGAAACACAGGAAGCAUAAACCCAAGAGAAACCGGCGACAUAUGAAGAGAGGUUCGGCAGCUGCUCUUGACGAGGCUGGAAUUAAGGGCAACAUAGCAGAGGAGUUGGAACUGGAAGCAGCAUUAAAGCGUGAAUUAGAAUUGAACACUUCUCCACCUGAUCAUCAUGAACACGAUCCAGUUGGUCACGCCAAAAUCGGAGAAACACCAACGAAAUUUCAAUUGUACGAUGAAGAGGUUCCAAAACAAGCGCAAGAUGAAAGUGAAACCAAACCCACAAUUGGAGACCAUGGAGAUCACGGAGAUCACGGAGACCAUGCGGACCAUGAGGAGGAACCCACACCAGAGCCAGAACCUAGACACCAUGCUGACCACGGCAGUCGUCACCAUCAAAACAACGCUGGGGCAGAGAUUGAGGUGGACGAGAUAGAAUUAAUCCAGGAAUACCUGGUCAACAACUUCAGGCCAGUCCAACCACUCAACGGUCGUACCAUUGAACGCAGUUUUGAAUUCGAUGAAGUAAGAGUUCGCUAUCAAUCAGGAAGUUCAAGAUCGCGGGACUACAACAGUUACCAAAACGAUUACAACGCCGGAAACCCAUUAUACAUAUCACAUAUCGUUAUCCUCAUGUCAGCCAUUUUGUCCGUGUUAACAUGUCUGUAACUAUAUCCUUGUCGAUGUCUAGUGUACAAAUGUUGUGUGAUUGAUACUGUAUGCUGUAGCUACACCUCACAUAGACUAGAGGUUUACAGCUAGUGAUAAUACUGUAAUAGGAACACCACCCUAAUAGCUACCAUGUCAGCAUAAACAUCUACCGAUAUAUAUCUGGACGUGAAAAUGUUAGAUUCAAUAAUCGGUGAGGAUCAAGAAUGAAAAGGCCGGGGGAGCUUUAUAAGUUAUAAGGAAAAUAUGUCUUUAUAUCCCCGUUUUUAACAUAUUGUAAUUUGUUAAAAAUACUGACACAAUGAUGCUAUUGAAUUGUGCUGAAAGUCUGCAGUAGUUUGAUUUCAUUCUGUCUCCAUGAACUACAAAAGAAGUGAAAUACAAAUCCAACCAGUUUGGUGAUGUUCUAAGAGAGGAUUUGAUUAUGAACAGUAUUGCGGGGAAGUUUAUUUCUCGUAAAACUAAGUACAGCAUUAUACAGGAUGUCAGGCAUGCAAGUCGGGUAUCUUAAAUGAGUUUUUCAUUUCCUGAGAUCUACAAAAAUACAAAACCUCAACUUUGUCAUAUUGACAAGCCUUCAGCCAGCUAAACAGCAACUUCUGGAUAAGUUCCUAUAGGCCUAGUAGGCCACCGAAAAGGCAAUUCACAGACUAGUGAAUUAGGCCUUUAUAAAGCCAGCACUGAAAGGAAACUUCUGGACAUGCUACAUAUACAUUAAAAAUUUCGUCAGCUAAAAGGAAACUUGAUCAGGACAAGUUUUGUAAAUCUCCUAGUCUAGAUUAUUUUGAUCUUUAAUAACCAAGAACUUCUGUAUAAACAUUCUGGAAAAUAAACAAUGUUUUAAUUGA